UCUUUCGGCAUCUUACCGUUCUUCGUCUUUCUCUUUCUCCCUUUCAUCUUCCUUCUUCGUCUUUCCGCAUCUUACUAUUCUUCUUCUUUCCGAUUUCUUCUUCUUCCUUUAUUGUCUUUCCUUUUCACUUGCGUUUACAAUUAUUUCGACGUUGCUUCGUCUAAAACCAAGGCCUGAAGUUGGUUCCCCAAGCAAGAGGGAAGAUAGAUUUCACAGUGUUUAAUCCUUUCAAGAACAUAUAUUCCAACCCCUAUAAUCUAUUGAUAGAACAAUUUUAAUCAUCCUAGUAGUUGUAUGUACAAGAUCUUGAGGCCCAAAACCCUCUUUUGAAUUUAUUAGCACAAAUAACACAAAUUGGUCUAUCUAUUGAUCUUUCUAUAUGCUCCAAAACCCCACCCAUCUAAGUAUGUUUUCUUAUCCGUAGGCCAUGGGUCUUCUAAGUCAGGGGUGGAUUUAAAGGUAGGCCAGAGUGUUCACCCAAACACCCUCACAAAAAAUUUCACUAUAUAUAUAGGGUAAAUUUUCUAAGUUUAUAUAUAUAUGUUUUGAACACCCUCAACAACAUGGAAAAGGCUAGCUUAGUGAUUUUCGAACACCCUGAAUGAAAAUUCUGGAUCCGCCACUGUUCUCAGUGAGAAAAAAAUAGUGAUCUAGCUUGAAUUGAAUACCUUUACCAUUUUAUAAAUUAUAGAUAGAUGUUGUGCAAUAAACUAAACCUUAAAAGGAAUGAUAGAAUGAACAAUUGAACUAAGCAAGCAUGAUUCGUCCAUCCAGCAAAACUUGUGACCAAUUCGACAACACGGAGUUCUGAUCAUUCAAUGUAAAAUUUGUGAAUAAUUGAACAAUACACGCUAGAUUUGCCCAUCCAGUAAAACAAAUAACUAAUUCAAAUAAUAACAAAGUUUUGCAAGUUCGACCAAACUCUGAGAAAAUAAGCCCAAAAUUUCGACAUUCUUCCAUUUGUGUAUCAUCAAUCAAAAGCAAUUUAUGCAAAACGUCCAGUGUAGAGAAGCUAAAUAAUAACCGACUAAUCUCAAAUAAUCCUAUUUUGUGAAAACAAAAAAUACCAGCAAGUGGCGGGAAUUCUCAUUUCAUGGGCACAUUACAUCAUAUAUUAACAAAAACAUUUUAACAUCUACUACUUAUUGUUCUUUUCGUCUAGCAAGCUAAGUAAAUAUUCCCAAACCUAACAACAAGUAACCCUAGCGAUGGGGAAACAGUCGAGAGCCAGAUCAUCAUCGGAUAGUUCCGAGGAGGAGCAAGUACAGGAUCAGGUUAAUGACGUGGAAGAUGAAGAGGAACUUGAAGCUGUUGCCAGGAUUGCUGAGGACGACGAUGAAGAGGAUGACGACGGUGCUGCCGAUGUGGCAGACCAAGAUGAUGAGGAUAAUGAGGAAGAGGUUGCAGCCAAUGAAAUUUCAAAGCGCGAAAAGGCCAGGUUGAAAGAGAUGCAGAGGAUCAAGAAGCAGAAAAUACAAGAAAUGUUGGAUUCACAGAAUGCUGCCAUUGAGGCUGACAUGAAUACCAAGGGACAGGGGCGAUUGAAGUAUCUCUUGCAGCAAACUGAGUUAUUUGCGCAUUUUGCCAAAGGUGAGCAGUCCACCGCUCAAAAGAAGACAAGAGGAAGGGGUCGUCAUGCCUCAAAGGUAACUGAAGAGGAAGAAGAUGAAGAGUAUCUCAAAGAUGAAGAAGAUGAACUUUCUGGGAAUACACGACUAGUGGCACAACCCUCCUGUAUUCAAGGGAAGAUGAGGGAUUAUCAACUUGCUGGUUUGAACUGGCUAAUUCGACUGUAUGAGAAUGGAAUAAAUGGAAUACUUGCUGAUGAAAUGGGUCUUGGUAAGACGUUGCAAACCAUCUCCUUGCUGGGAUACCUACACGAAUUUAGAGGAAUAACUGGUCCUCACAUGGUUGUUGCUCCAAAAUCCACGCUUGGCAAUUGGAUGAACGAAAUCAAACGUUUCUGUCCUGUUUUACGUGCUGUUAAGUUCCUUGGAAAUCCUGAUGAAAGGAGAUACAUACGUGAGGAGUUACUUGUUGCAGGGAAGUUUGAUGUCUGUGUUACAAGCUUUGAGAUGGUUAUCAAAGAGAAGUCCGCCUUACGGCGCUUUAGUUGGCGUUACAUCAUAAUUGAUGAGGCACAUAGGAUCAAGAAUGAAAAUUCUCUUCUUUCAAAAACAAUGAGGCUCUACAACACUAAUUAUAGAUUACUUAUCACGGGGACACCGCUUCAGAAUAAUCUUCAUGAACUCUGGGCACUACUGAACUUUCUGCUGCCUGAGAUCUUUAGCUCAGCUGAGACUUUUGAUGAGUGGUUCCAGAUUUCUGGUGAGAGUGACCAGCAGGAGGUGGUCCAGCAGCUUCAUAAGGUCCUCCGUCCUUUCCUUCUUAGGAGGCUGAAGUCUGAUGUGGAGAAAGGUCUGCCUCCCAAAAAAGAAACAAUUCUUAAGGUUGGUAUGUCCCAGAUGCAGAAGCAGUACUACAAGGCUCUGCUACAGAAAGAUCUUGAGGUUGUCAAUUCUGGAGGGGAGCGCAAGCGUCUUCUCAAUAUAGCAAUGCAGCUAAGAAAAUGCUGUAAUCAUCCGUAUCUUUUCCAAGGUGCUGAGCCAGGACCUCCAUACACAACAGGAGAGCAUCUCGUAGAAAAUGCGGGGAAAAUGGUUCUUUUAGAUAAGUUGCUUCCUAAAUUGAAGGAACGUGGCUCAAGGGUUUUAAUAUUUUCACAGAUGACUAGGCUAUUGGACAUCCUUGAAGACUACUUGCUGUACCGAGGUCACCAAUAUUGUCGGAUUGAUGGAAAUACUGGUGGCGAGGAUCGUGAUGCAUCUAUUGAAACUUUUAACAAACCAGGGAGUGAAAAAUUUGCCUUCUUAUUGUCAACCAGAGCUGGUGGUCUUGGUAUUAAUCUUGCUACAGCAGAUAUUGUUAUUCUUUAUGAUAGUGACUGGAAUCCACAGGUUGAUUUGCAGGCUCAGGACCGGGCCCAUAGGAUUGGCCAGAAGAAGGAAGUCCAAGUAUUCCGCUUCUGCACUGAGUAUACCAUUGAGGAAAAGGUGAUUGAAAGGGCUUACAAGAAGCUUGCACUUGAUGCAUUGGUUAUCCAGCAGGGGCGGCUAGCUGAGCAAAAAGCUGUUAACAAGGAUGAGCUACUGCAAAUGGUGCGGUUUGGUGCUGAAAUGGUUUUCAGUGCUAAAGAUAGCACCAUUACUGAUGAGGAUAUAGAUAGAAUAAUAGCUAAAGGAGAAGAGGCAACAGCUGAACUUGAUGCCAAGAUGAAGAAGUUUACAGAGGAUGCUAUCAAGUUUAAGAUGGAUGACACUGCUGAAUUGUACGACUUUGAUGAUGAGAAGGACGAAAACAAGGUGGAUUUCAAGAAAAUUGUCAGCGACAAUUGGGUAGAACCUCCAAAAAGAGAAAGGAAGCGCAAUUAUUCAGAGUCUGAAUACUUCAAGCAAACCAUGCGUCAAAGUGGCCCUGCAAGACCUAAAGAGCCUCGGAUUCCUCGGAUGCCGCAGCUGCACGACUUUCAGUUCUUCAAUACGCAGAGACUGAGUGAGUUGUACGAGAAGGAAGUGCGCUAUCUUAUGCAAACACACCAGAAGAAUCAGGUUAAAGACAGUAUAGAGGUGGAAGAACCUGAAGAUGCAGGAGAGCCUUUAACUGCUGAAGAGCAGGAAGAAAAGGAUCAACUAUUGGAAGAGGGGUUUUCAAUGUGGAGUAGAAGAGACUUCAAUACGUUUAUCAGGGCUUGUGAGAAGUAUGGUCGCAAUGACUUAAAAAGUAUUGCUGCUGAAAUGGAAGGGAAAACAGAGGAGGAGGUUGAAAGAUAUGCGCAAGUUUUCAAAGCAAGAUACAAAGAACUAAAUGAUUAUGAUAGGAUUAUUAAGAACAUUGAAAGAGGAGAGGCUAGAAUUUCACGGCGAGAUGAGAUUAUGAAAGCAAUUGGUAAGAAACUGGAUCGAUACAAAAAUCCAUGGUUGGAAUUGAAGAUCCAGUAUGGCCAGAACAAAGGGAAGCUGUAUAACGAGGAGUGUGAUCGUUUCAUGAUAUGUAUGGUUCACAAGCUUGGCUAUGGAAAUUGGGAUGAGCUGAAGGCUGCAUUUCGCACAUCACCCUUGUUUCGGUUUGAUUGGUUUGUGAAGUCUCGUACCACUCAAGAACUUGCCAGAAGAUGCGAUGCACUUAUUCGGUUAAUUGAGAGGGAAAAUCAAGAAUUUGAUGAGAGGGAGAGGCAGGCACGCAAAGAAAAGAAGCUCGCUAAGAACACUACCCCAUCAAAGCGCACUUUGGCUAGACAGGCAGCUGAAAGCCCUUCUGCUCUGAAGAAGCGGAAGCAAUUGUCAAUGGAUGACUAUGUCAGCUCAGGAAAGAGGAGAAAGUGAGUAGAAAUGAGUACAAAGAUGAGGAGGUAAGCUGACUGGCUGGGACCUCCAAAUGGAAGGAAAGGUUAUUUUUAGUGAUCUAAUCAUCUGGUAUUUUAUCCAGAACAUCAUUUGAUGCUCUCAUCUCUUUUCCCUGGCAAUUAUUGACUCGAAGGGCAUUGAGAUUUUCUGUCCAGGAUGUUAUCUGACUGGUGGAAGAAGGAUAGGUAUUUAGUUUGUAAUUUGUUAGUCGUCCAUUGGGGCUAGUCCCAACUCCCAGAGCUGUACUGCUACAUUCCUAACUGAGAGAUUCUUCACAAUUUGUUGUUUAUAAUCCCUGCUAGAGUUCAUAGAAGCAAUACUUAGACAGUCAGGGAUACACUGGUUUUUUUGUUUUAC